AUGAAAACACUGCCAGUGAAUGUGUCCAGCUUUAGUGAGGGGGAUUCGCUGAGGAUCCUCCCUGCAGAGAAUUACCCGGCUUCCAUUGGAGUUAAUGUAACGUUUACGUGCUUGAUAACAGGCCAUCGAACUAAUGUGGGACCGGUAACUCGUGUCGAGUGGCAAAAAUCUAGUCUGAUUUUGCAGCGGUGUUCGUUCCAGCCACCCGGCGACCAAGACGGAUUUGAGGAGCACUGCAAACUGAGCAUCGCCCCGGUGAAAAGGACCUCGGCUGGCCAGUACAAGUGCGUCGUGUACUACCUGACAUCAACAACUAAAACCCUGCAGUUGGAUAUAGUCGAACCAAACACUACGGUAGAGGUUAAAGAUCUCAACACAGGCAAACUCGUCGACAGUGAUUCUGAACCAAUUUGUGUCCGUCGGUCUGGUUCAGCUGUACGUGGCUUCAAGUGCACAGUUCGGGACGCCGAACCCAACGCCUGGAACAUCGCGUGGUUCGUCGGAGGAGAGCGAGUUGUAACAGGUCUCGUUGAGACCGCAGUAGGUGGACUGGUGAAAGUGAGCAGCACCUUCAAUCUUUCACAGUCGCAAACCGAGUUUCCGAACAACCUCACUUGUCAGGCUACGGGUCUCGAAAGACUUAUCAGCAUUACAGUUGAGUUAAAGUCUUGUCAAGGCAUUCAUCCAAAACAUGAUCUUGACCUUUGGGAUCUAUCGGCUCGACGUCUUGUUGGACUGACAUCCACGCCAAUCUGCAUCCAGCUUCAUACGGAGCGAACUUUCCAAUGCCAGCUCAGAGCAGCCAGACCAGGUGUUUGGCGUGUAGCCUGGCUCAUCGAUGGAGAAGAGUCUGGAGAUGGCUUCACCAAUUUAACAAGUAGCGCCGGAGAUGGAUUGGUCAACGUGAGCAGCAGGUUCAUUAUAUCCAAGUGGCGAGACGAUGGUACCAUUACUAGUCUUACAUGCCGAGCUACAAGUGAAGGGGAAAAUUCACUGAACGUCACAGUGCACCUUGAGAUCUGCUCUGACGUAGACAGAGUAGUAAAUACGUCAAUACACCUUGUGGAUCUCUCGACUGGCGAACUGCUCGGCAUCAAGUCUGGGCACAUCUGCUUCAAGGCCGGCACGAAGCGAACCUUUGCAUGUACAAUCCUAGAUGCCCGGCCAGAUAUUGUAGUGACUUGGAUCAUCGAUGGAAUCAAGAAUGAAAGUGGGCGAGUAGAUGUAACUCCAACAACAGAUGGAUUAUUCAAUAUGAACACCAGUUUUACAGUCUUCAACUCCUUGGAUGGAAGCCUCAUCAACAGCCUUACUUGCAUGGCUACGGGAUUCAAAACAGAGUCUCUUUUCGUCACCCUCCAGCUCCAGACUUGCCCUGAAAUUGUCUCCAAUACUUCAAUGGAGCUCUUGGAUCUCUCGACUGGAGAGUUCAUCAGCGAGGCUUCGGAGGCCAUCUGCCUGACAUCGGAGACGGGAAGAGCGUUCGGAUGCACCGUACUACAAGCCACACCCGACUCGUGGAGAAUCGUUUGGGUCAUUGACGGCGUGAGGGUGGAAACCGGAUCCGUGGUUCAGACACCGAGCUCGGAAGAAUUAGUGGACUUGUUCAGCAGGUUCACUAUUCCCAACCCGUCUAGUGAAGACGUCGUAAAAAGUCUCACAUGCCGAGCAACGAGUCUAGAGAAGGAAGAGCUUGCAAUCACGGUUAAGCUCCGAUCAUGCGCCGACAUCAAGCCAGCAAGUAGCACGAUCAACAUGACGAUGCUCUUUGCCAUAGUCGGCGUCCUGAGCGGAAUGUUAGUUUUGGCUGUCGCUGCUCUUGUCAUUUCUUCAACAAGAGCCAAGAGGAGAUACCAGGUACCAGUGAGUGCACAGAGUGUGCCAAAUCUUCAAGGAAGCGUCGAGAUGGAGUCGGUGGCCCCCGAUUCAGAAUCGGAUACCACGGCAGUUAAGGAAGAAGUCACCUACCAGAACACCAUAGCACAAUCCAAUGUGACGCCUGAAGAGAUUUCAUCAGACACCGGCCUGCCAUCAUGGGCCGAGGGAUGGGGGAUUCCUUGGCGCGACCUCAUCGUCGAGGAGCGAGUCCUCGGCAGUGGGAACUUUGGUGAGGUGCGAUACGGAACUGUUAGGAAAGAUGGAGACUUGAACAAGGCUGCCAUCAAGAUGCUCAAAGGACAUGUAUCAGCAUGCGACAGAGAUGAUUUCAUGGAUGAGCUAUGGACGAUGGCUCGUAUCGGCAACCAUCCUAACAUCGUGCAACUGUUCGGUGCUUGUCAACAUCAAGGAGUGCUGUACGUUGCCUUGGAAUACCUUCCUUAUGGUGAUCUGCGCAGCUACCUGCGGACGGCUCGCUCACAGUCAGACUCAGACGAGGACGCCUUGUCUUCCGAUCAGCUGGUCAAGUUUGCUCUGGAUGUUGCCAGGGGAAUGGAGCACCUUGCUAAAGCAGGGGUUAUUCACCGCGAUUUGGCUGCAAGAAACAUCCUGAUCGGGAACGGAUUGGUUGCCAAGGUUUCUGACUUCGGUCUGUCCCGUGGGGAGAAUAUCUACGUCCAGACAUCAAGGCGACGAGUACCACUUCGCUGGUUAUCCAUCGAAUCAGUGAGGCAUCAGCUGUACACCACCCAGAGCGAUGUGUGGUCUUUUGGAAUUCUCUUGUGGGAAAUAGCCAAUUUCGGCGGAACUCCAUAUCCAACCAUUUCGAACGACUUGCUGGUAGAAACAAUCAGAAUAGGAUAUCGUAUGCCUAAGCCGGACAAUUGUGACGACCAAAUUUAUGCCCUAAUGCGCGAUUGCUGGGACGAGGAUCCGAACAACAGACCGACCUUCACUGACCUGGUGUAUAUCUUGAGUGACAUGGCCGACAAUCGGAUCAAACAUACGUACAUGGCGGUAAUCCGAAACGAGUAUCAAAAUAUGAGUGCCAUCCUGCCGGAACUUGAUGACAACUGAGGGGCGUGGCCAAUGUCCAGUCAAGGAGAUUACGUUGUAUAGGCAUAUUGCGUGGAUGGCUGAAUCCUGAACAGUCUUAUAAUAACUACUCGAAUGGAUGUAUAAAGUCUUGGAUAAAAAUUGAAUUUUUUUUUUUUAUACAAGUACGGAUUAUAUAACCAGAAUGAAUAACGAUUUUAUUUGAAGACCGCAACAAGAUGCCCAACUUUUAUCCGUUAUUUUCUCCCCUGGAACUGCUCGUUGUGACGUAACGAAGAUCGUCAUUCUCAUCAUGGUUCUGCGUUGUAUAUAUGGCUUCUUUUCUACGUAAGACUAGUCCAAGGACGGAUCUAAGGUAGACGAAUUGGGUAAGAAGCUAAUCAACCCAUCUGCUUGACCCAUGUUAAUUUAAAAUAUUCACAACCCCAAAAAAUCCAAAAUAUUAUAAUUUUCUCAAACAAAGGCACCAGUCAGUAUUAAAAAUCUUAAUGAUUGUUCCACGACUUUGAUCUUUCUAUGCGAUGACUUCAACGCCUCAUUUAACCAAGCUAGAAAAAGAAACUUCCUUGGAGUUUGAGCCCACAACAAACUUGAACUGCCUUGAUCCGGAAAAUAAACCAGACGCCCCUUGCUGUGAAA